GUUCUUUUCAUUGACCAACUGACUUGCUAACUUCACGUUUUUUUAGUGUGGUUGGGUUUUGAUUUGUCUGCUUGCUUGGUAUGGUUGUUCGCUCGAUCACAAGACAAAAAAAUAGAAAUGCGUCUUCACUAUUGAAAGUAGAUGUAGAGUCUAUUUGUGUUCGAAAUUUGGUUAAUGUGCCUUGUGUUUUGUGACUGCUGCUUGAUUUUAUUUUUUUAACAAUGGUGUAUAAUGUGUUGCGUAUUCAAUUUUGAACGGCUGGUGUCAAAGUACAAAACUAAUGAAUGAUGCAGUCUAUAUUCUGGACAGGCAGAGUUCUAUCACGUGCUAUAAGAAAUGGAAUUUCGAAUUUAUCUAGUGCUACUGAAUUAAAUGUUUCGAAUAAAAAACACCCGUACUUAGUUUCUGUGGUGUGUGGUUUUCCUAAAGACAUUGCUAAUGGAAGAACCCGCAAAGGUCAAUUUGGAGACGACGCAUGGUUUUCCACAAAUUACAAUAAUGCGGAUGUUAUUGGUGUCGCAGAUGGCGUGGGAGGCUGGCGUGCGUACGGCAUUGAUCCGGGCGAAUUCUCCUCGUAUCUCAUGAGAACAUGCGAGCGGUUGGUCCAAAUGGGCCACUUCAAGCUUUCCGAACCCAGUGACCUGCUGGCGAAGUCAUAUUAUGAGCUGUUAGAACACAAGAAACCUAUACUAGGCAGCAGCACAGCAUGCGUGAUGAUCCUAGACCGUACUGAGAGCGUGAUGCGAGCCGCCAACAUCGGAGACAGUGGCUACAUGGUCGUCCGUGGCGGUCGCGUGGUCCACAGAUCACACGAGCAGCAGCACUACUUUAACACCCCCUACCAGUUGAGUCUGCCGCCGCCUGGGCACGACAGGAACGUCCUCAGUGACAGGCCAGAAUCAGCUGAAACAUCGGAGUUUCCCGUGGAGUGCGGCGACGUGAUCCUAGUGGCCACCGACGGCGUGUUCGACAACGUGCCGGAGCCCGUGCUGGUGGCGGAAAUGCGGCGAGCACAGAGCCACGCAGGCGACGCCGAGAAGCUGCAGGCGGUCGCAAAUUCCAUAGCGUGGAUGGCCAGAAAUCUGUCCUUUGAUGGCUGCUAUAUGUCACCUUUCGCGAAGAGCGCCCGCCAGAACGGCAUUGAUGCUAUUGGCGGAAAACCAGACGACAUAACGGUGCUGUUAGCAAUUGUAGCACUAUGAAAAUGUCGCUAUGUGAUUUAUUAGGUAGAGGCAUAUGUUUUAUUUAAAACAUUUGCGAAAUUAGUAGAAUUAGUGAUACGACACCAAAACAAUCACACUGUGUCAUUCUUUUUUUUAUAAUUUUAAAUUAAUCAGAAUGUGUAAGUAGAUAAAAAUGAUUUUAUCUUUGGCAGUUGGUUACUGCAAAUUUUUGGUUCAUGUUGUGAGAAACGGCGAAAGUUGUCGCUCUAAUACACUAUUCGCGAGCACUUGGUUCAAUAUUGGCUUAUAAAUUACGAACGUCAAACUGAAAAUCACCUUAACCGGUUGGCAAAGAUGCUAAAUGGUUUUUAAGCCUCUAUAAAAUAAAAGCCAAACUUGGUACGACAAUACAGACAAAGAGCAAGGGAUGGUCAUAUAUUUUUCAAACGAAAAAUACCCGCCAUUCUCAAAAUUUGGCCUAAAGUUAGAAAAACUGGGAAGAUUUUUUCAGUUGUCACCCAGGUGUCUGUUCUAGGGUACAACUGAUGAUAACCAAAACAAUAUCUUUUUUGGUAACUGGUUGUGUAGAUAUAUAAUAUUCAAAGGCUUCCUUGUUGCUAUGAGUAAACAAAAUGGGUAUAGAUUAGAAAAUGUAUAUAGAAUAUCAGAUGUUUUUGAUCUUUCAUACUACAUUUCAAACGGGCAAACCAUAAUGUAAAAUAGAUAUGUAUAUCAAGCCCUAUAAAUAUGCUGUACAUUGUUUUACCAUCAAUGAGUCUAAUAUUCUUGUAUCGGUUUUGAUAGCAACAAAUGUCAUCACUUUCAUGUAAGUUGCUUGUGUGCUCGCGAGCAGUAUUUUAGAUGGACACACCCCAGUACGAUCUGAAUUUUCUGCUUGCAAAUUGUGAUUUGUGUAUUUCUUAUGAAUGACAGCAUAAAACACUAGUCACUUGUAUAGUGAUAUGGAGUUGUGCGUAUAUUUGUCAUCAAUGUAUUGUAUGUAAAUGUUUGAAAUUAACAUGAUCUCUGUGUUGAAUUUAACGGCCGCAAUGAACAUUUUAUAUUGAAUGGUUUCAAAAACCGUCGUGUAAAUUUUUAAGAAAUUUUCGAUAUACUGUGCAAUAAGCCUUUUACAUUCAUAUCGUAAAUUGAGCAAUAAUGUAUCAAACUAUUGGCGACAUGUCACAUUUUAAUUCUGAUUUUUUAUAUAUAUUUUUUUUUGUAUACGAAAAUAUAGAAAACAUCUUAAUCUUUUGGAAGAUGAGAAAUCAAAUGAUCAUUAUGGGACUUGAGGAUUGUAUGUUUCAAAGUUUGAAUGAAGACUGAUAUAGUUUUACUGUUCUUGUUGUUACUGUAGAUUUAAUAAGAUGUUAUAGAUUCACAUUUCCAACAAUCAUUUAUUAACGGUUCUAUGUAACAUUUAUAUUUGCUUUUUGUACAUUCUUAUCAAGUUAUUUUCUUCGAGUCUUAUUUUGUCAUUGCGGAUUUUAGGCCUGAAUGUAUUUAUUUUUUAUGGAGAUAUUUAAUGUUGAAUUUGCAAUAUCUCGAUUACAUACUAAACUCAUGCAGAGUAUGUUCGCUCGCAUAUUAAAUGACCUACUUAUGGAAAUACUGAAAUUCCUAAAAAACAAUUUGUCAAUUUUACCAAUAUAUAAUAACUACUCUGAAACUUGAAUGAAAAGUUAAAUAAACGAUGCUGAUCAUA